AUGGCGGCAGUCGGCAGCAAGCAUGGCGGCAGCAACGGCGACUAUAAUGGCGCAUCAACAGAGAAGGGGAGAAUAGAAGGGAAUGUCGCGAUGAGCGACGACGACAAUAGGCGAAUGGGAGUUAACAUCUGCGAGACGGAGCGGAUGUAUGAGGAAUGGACUGCUGUAGCAAGGAAAAUGGAGGUGACGCCUCCAUCAGAACACGACACCACUGCCAGCGACAUCCAAGUGGGUGUGGUUCUUCAACGAUCUCAUCUAUCACCGGCAAUAGGGAUGUGCGAGGCUAGCUUCGACAGUAGCAAUGGUCCACCGAAAACCUUGGGUUGA